GAGCCGGGAGAUUUUCACGCAAAUGUGUGUGAUUUGUGGGGCGAUUAGGGAGGGAGAGGAAGCGGGGGGUUGUUCCUCCUCCCGCGUAUAAAUUCGCCAACCAAAGCAUAUUUCUUCCUCUUUCUGUUACCUGGCAAAGGGGAGCAGCAGCCGAGGAGUUAUCUCUCAAUCCUGAAACUAAUCAAUCAUGGGAAAGGAAAAGAUCCACAUUAACAUCGUGGUCAUUGGCCACGUCGACUCCGGAAAGUCCACCACCACCGGCCAUCUGAUCUACAAAUGCGGUGGAAUCGACAAGAGAACCAUUGAGAAGUUUGAGAAGGAAGCUGCCGAGAUGGGCAAGGGCUCCUUCAAAUAUGCCUGGGUGCUGGACAAACUGAAGGCCGAGCGUGAGCGUGGUAUUACCAUUGAUAUUGCUCUCUGGAAGUUCGAGACCAGCAAGUACUACGUCACCAUCAUUGAUGCCCCUGGACACAGAGACUUCAUCAAGAACAUGAUCACUGGUACUUCUCAGGCUGACUGUGCUGUGCUGAUUGUUGCUGGUGGUGUUGGUGAGUUUGAGGCUGGUAUCUCCAAGAACGGACAGACCCGUGAACAUGCCCUCCUGGCUUUCACUCUGGGAGUGAAACAGCUUAUUGUUGGAGUCAACAAGAUGGACUCCACCGAGCCCCCCUACAGCCAGGCCCGUUUUGAGGAAAUCACCAAGGAAGUCAGCGCCUACAUCAAGAAGAUCGGCUACAACCCCGCCAGUGUUGCUUUUGUCCCAAUCUCUGGAUGGCAUGGAGACAACAUGCUGGAGGCCAGCUCAAACAUGGGCUGGUUCAAGGGAUGGAAGGUUGAGCGUAAGGAGGGAAAUGCUAGUGGUGUUACUCUUCUUGAUGCCCUGGAUGCCAUCUUGCCCCCAAGCCGUCCCACCGACAAGCCCCUCCGUCUGCCACUUCAGGAUGUCUACAAAAUUGGAGGUAUUGGAACUGUGCCCGUGGGUCGUGUGGAGACCGGUAUCCUCAAGCCUGGCAUGGUUGUGACCUUUGCCCCUGCCAACGUGACCACUGAGGUUAAAUCUGUCGAGAUGCACCACGAGUCCCUUUCUGAGGCCUCUCCUGGUGACAACGUUGGCUUCAACGUCAAGAACGUGUCCGUCAAGGACAUCCGUCGUGGAAACGUGGCUGGAGACAGCAAGAACGACCCACCAAUGGAGGCUGGCAGCUUCUUGGCUCAGGUCAUCAUCCUGAACCACCCUGGUCAGAUCUCUCAGGGCUACGCCCCAGUGCUGGACUGCCACACUGCUCACAUCGCCUGCAAGUUUGCUGAGCUCAAGGAGAAAAUCGACCGUCGUUCUGGCAAGAAGCUUGAGGACAACCCCAAGGCUCUUAAAUCUGGAGAUGCUGCCAUUGUUGACAUGAUCCCUGGCAAGCCCAUGUGUGUGGAGAGCUUCUCUACCUACCCCCCUCUUGGUCGCUUUGCUGUGCGUGACAUGAGGCAGACCGUUGCUGUUGGUGUCAUCAAGAGCGUUGAGAAGAAAGCUGCUGGCUCUGGCAAGGUCACAAAGUCUGCACAGAAGGCUGCCAAGACCAAGUGAAUUCCCCUCGAUCAGGCUGUUCCAAAGGUUGUGGUAUGUUCUGCCCAACCUCCUGGAAUAUCUCUAAACCUGGGCACUCUACUUAAGGACUGGCUAAUGCUGAUUAAAACUCAUCGGAAAAAUUUUCGCAGGAAAGGAAAACAACUUGGAUUAAGUGUGGCUUUAUUGAUUGACUGAUAGUGCCUCUUUCAGUUAUUAAAUUUGUUUUGAAAUGGUUUAGAACUGCACCUGUUGCCACAGUAAAAUUUGGAAAGAAGCUGCUGAAUAAACUAAUAAAGGUAUUAAAAAUCGAAA